AUGAAAAACUGCGAGCAGAAGUUGUGCCACUCGCAGGAUGAUUUCCUAACGUUGAAGGAUGACUAUGAAAGGUUGCUGAAAGACAAUCAGAACCUGAAGGAAAGAAGGGCAUUUCCUGAAAAACUGGAAGAAUUAGACAGGUAUAGAAAUCAAGUACUGGAGUACUCCAAGUGUAUCACUGCAUUGAGGCAAGCAGGUUUGGAGAAGGAUCGUCGCUAUGAUUUGUUAGUUCAAAAAUUCAAAAGACUGAGAAAAUGUAUAUCUUCUCGAAAAAAUGGCGAAACCGAGGAGGACAGGCAGUCUUCGUUUGGUGGAUCUGAUUGUUCUGCUGAAAGUUCCAUCUCGCUAAACACUAUUACAGAAGACUUGAACGAAGCAUUGGAUAAAGAUAUCGAAAAUGGUUAUCAACAAAUCGCUCGCGAGGGUGAACAGCUUCGACGAACGUUAUCAGCAUUGAAAACGGGUGAAUAUGGGCUCGAAGAUGAUCAGCUUCUAAGGCAUCAGCUAAUUUGCGCCCAAACAACAAUUGCUCAACAACAGGUUGUCAUCGAACAGCAACAGUCACAAUCGGAAAAUACGAUGGAAUUGUUGGAUAGUAUCGCUAGACUGCAGGAUCAUAUCAUGGAGCAACGUUCCAAAAUGGAAAGCAUGGAAGCAGAAUUGAUCGAAUCCAAGGAAAUGAACGAAUUAUUGGAAUUUCAGAUUCUAGAGAAUAAAGAAAACAUGGAGCAUGAAUUUGAG